AUGAAGACGCGGGCGCAGAGGCAGGCCCUCCCCGGGGUGCAGGCCCAGGACAAGCUGCGGGAAGUGAAGAUGGACGAGUGUAAGAGUAGCAGCAGAGAGGCCCAGAACCUGAAGAGCAGCACCGGCAGGCGGCGGCCCGAGGCCCACAGCAAGGAGCAGAUCCUGGAGCUGCUGGUGCUGGAGCAGUUCCUGAGCAUCCUGCCCCGGGAGCUGCGCGCCUGGGUGCGUGAGCGGCGCCCCGAGAGCGGGGAGGAGGUGGUGACUGCGCUGGAGGAGCUGGAGCGGGAGCUGGAGGAGCCCAGGCAUCAGGCCCCAGUACUCUCUGGGGAACAGGAGGUGGAACCUCUAGAAACAGAACAAGAACCCACUAUGGCCCUCCAGUCCACAGACGUCCGGCUCAGGUGGGAACCAUCAGAACCUGAAGCCCAACAGGAGCAAGUUUCAGAUGUGGAGACUAGAAACGAGUACAGGAAUUUAAAGCAGGAAGUUUCUGAAGAAAUGGAGCCAUAUGGGAAUAUAUCUACCAGAUUUGAAAAUGAUACGCCCCAGUCUCCUGGGUGUGGAGAAACUUAUGAACCUGAAGCAAAAACAGAACAGCCUUCUGGAUACUUCAGGGAAGAUAAACAACCUACAUGUGACGAAACUGGAGUAAGUCUGAUUGAAGGUUCUGACCAUACUGUACAUCAGAGAGUCUGUCCAGGACAAAAAUCUCAUGCAUGUGACGACUGUGGAAAAUCUUUCAGUCGGCGCUCACGCCUCAUCGAGCAUCAGAGGAUCCAUACUGGAGACAGGCCCUACAAGUGCGGAGAGUGUGGGAAAACUUUCCGUGGGAGAACUGUGUUCAUCAGACAUAAAAUCGUACACACCGGAGAGAAGCCAUAUAAAUGCCAUGAGUGCGGCAAAGACUUUGGCCGGUGGUCAGUCCUUAAUCAACACCAGAGACUUCACAUGGGAGAAAAACACUACCACUGUAACGAGUGUGGCAAAGCCUUUAGCCAGAAGGCAGGCCUCUUCAACCAUCUCAAGAUCCACACGCGAGACAAACCCUACCAGUGUCCACAGUGUGACAGAAGCUUCAGUCGGCGCUCCGUGCUGAGGCAGCACCAGGGCGUUCACGCUGGCGCGAAGCCCUACGAGUGCAGCGAGUGUGGGAAAGCCUUUGUGUACCACUCCUCCCUCGUGUCCCAUCAGGAGAUUCACCACAAAGAAAAAUGCUAUCAGUGCGAAGAGUGUGGGAAAGCCUUUGUGUACCACUCCUCCCUCGUGUCCCAUCAGGAGAUCCACCACAAAGAAAAAUGCUAUCAGUGCGAAGAGUGUGGGAAAGCCUUCAGUCAGAGCGGCCUCCUGCAGCACCAGAGGAGCCACUCUGGGGAGAAACCCUGAAGAAGACACUACAAGAAAAUACUUCUGAAAAACCCGAGUGAACCCCGGGCUGGUGUGGCCCUCCUCCUGAGCUUGCUCAUCCUAGAGUGGCAGUCCUCCUGCAGCAAAGGUCUCUAAUGGUGACUGCAGGGAGAGGACAGGCCUGGGACCAGGGCUCAGGCAUUGAGGACUGCAAUGGUUCCUGUCCAGGCCGACCUCUCACUCUCAGACUUGCUGAGGCCAGAAAUGUGGACCAAGGAGCAGGUGCUGGGGCAGGCCCUUCCCCUGCCGGCCUACAAGUGACCCCUGCCAGAUGUGCAGAGGCGACAGCAUGAGAACUGCAGAGCUGUGGGCUGGAAGGGUGGGGGAGCACCCUGGCUGACGGAGGGCUGGGAACAGCACAGAGCACACCCUGAACUGCAGGAGCCCCACGGUCCGAGCCACAACCCAGAGCUCCUCCUACUCCGGCUUUCUCUACUGUGGGGUUUGUAUGUUGGGUGUUUUUUCUGACAGGUAAACUUCAAAUACAGUUUUCCCAAACUACCUUCAUCACAUCGCCUCUAGAUCCUAGGCUAAGCCAUGGAACAAGAUUUGCUUAUGCAGAGACACCUUGGAAUCAAAGAUUUCAGAUCCAACAAAGACCUAUCAUAGUUCCUCUCCCCUGCCAGGGUGAUCACCUUUUGAUAUGGAAAACUGAUGAGAAAGUUUGGAGAAAAAGACAGAGGACCUCUCAAGGAGCCUUUGGCAUGCUCGGUGGUGACCCCUCCUUGAAUACCAGUGAACCCAUCUGCUUCUCAUCUGCCUGACUCCAGAAGCACUCGUGUCUGUAAGAUUUUUAGGUUUCUUACCCUAUUCAACCACUCUAGCUAGCUUCGACAGCUCACUCCCAGCUGUGCCCGGAAGUUGUCUUCCCGGUAAACAAAUUUGGCUUGUCUGUGAAGUUAGUGUGUGUUUUGGAAUGUUUCUGCUUUAACUGUCGUCAUACAGUUUAUAGAUCCGCUCAACCAAUACUGAUUGAGCAUCGUGUAGGUCUUGGCUUAGCUGUGAGCACUAGGUGCAAAGUCCUUUGAACGAUCCUUUACAAAUUAAACUUUCUCUUAGUUUCAAAAUA